AUGCCUGUGGCAAGAACUUGUCAUUCGCGAUUUAAAUUGCCACUUGACAUCGAUAACACAACAACUGGUGAUAUAAGCAAACAAAGCAAUACCACAAAGCUUCUUAGAGCUGCGAAAUUAAUUAUAUGGGAUGAGGCUUCUAUGGCCAAAAGGCAAGCUAUUGAAGCAGUUGAUAAAAUGCUAAAAGAUAUCAUGGAAACUGAUCUACCUUUUGGUGCUAAAGUUAUUGUAUUUGGUGGUGAUUUCCGGCAAGUUUUACCCGUCGUUCCAAAAAAAAGAAGAGAAGAACAAAUUGAUGCAAGUUUAGUAAGAUCUAAAGUUUGGCCCACAUUACAAAAGAUCAAAUUAUGUGAAAUUAUGCGUGCAAAAUCUGAUCCUCAAUUUUGUGAAUUCCUUUUAAGAAUAGGAAAUGAAACCGAAUCACAAACAAUAAAUGACAUGGUCAAACUCCCACCUUCAAUGAUUGUUCCGUAUAUUGACGAGACAACUUCUCGAAAUACGCUAAUAAAGAGUGUUUUUCCAAAUCUAAACAUGGCUGCAAUAGAUCCAAAUGUUAUUAUAAAUCAUGCCAUUCUAAAACCUAAAUAUCAAUCCGUAGAUGAUAUUAAUAAGAUUCUCAUAGAGAAAUUUCCAGGAAACGCUAUAAUAUAUCAUAGCUUCGAUAAAAUUAUUGAUCCAAUAGCACAAGAACAUCAUGAAGACUUUUUAAAUAGCUUGACACUAAAUGGUCUACCUCCUCACACCCUUGUAUUAAAACUUAAUUGUCCUGUAAUCUUGCUAAGAAACAUAAACCCCUCAAAAGGUCUUUGCAACGGCACGCGUUUAAUACGUCGUCGCUUAGAUAAAGAUGUAAUUGAUGCUGAAAUUGUUGUUGGGUAUCAAUGUGGUAAAAGAGUUUACAUACCAAGGAUUCCUUUACAACCUUCCAAAAGUGAUAAGUUUCCCAUACCCUUUAGAAGAACACAAUUCCCAAUACGCUUGUGUUUUGCUAUGUCUAUUAAUAAAGCUCAAGGUCAAAAUCUUGAAAAAGUUGGGAUAUAUUUACCCCAACCAGUUUUCUCACAUGGACAACUAUACGUAGCAUUAUCAAGAGCUAAGAUUGCAAAAGCCGUUAAAAUUCUAAUUAAACCCCAUUCAACUGAAACAACUGACUACUAUACAAAAAAUGUUGUCUACAAGGAAAUACUAACUGAAAGUGCAAAAAAUUAA